AUGAAGAUCUCCUCUGCCACUAUCGUCCUUGUUAUUGGACUCGCUGUUGCCGCCCCUGCCGCUGAACCAGUUGCUGAGCCAGCCACAGCUGCAGCCCUUGAGCACGUACCUGUCCCGCUGGUCCUAUCGUCGAGACUUGCUGGAAUACCUUCAAGAGUCAAGACAAGACUGGUGCUGCAUACACCAAGUGCUGGAAAUGCUGCGGUGCAACCUACACCACCUGCUAAAUGA